AUGGCCGAGGUGUCCGGAGCGAGGCCCACCGCGGCGCAGGCAUCCCGCGCCGACCGGCCGGCCCCGCGCCGGCCCCCUCCCCGGCCGUCGACCGGCGUGCUGCUGCUCCAGGAGCGCCAGCAGCGCCAGCUGGAUGUGGCCGGCCGCGCGGCCGCCCUCUCGGCCGCCCUCCGCCGUCGCGCCCAGUACAUCCUCCUCCUGCCGGUCAGCCCCCUGGCCGAGGCGUCCCCGGCGCCCGACGCGCGUCAGCGCGCUCGCCACGUCUGGCACCUGGCCCGCCAGCGCGGCCUCAUCCACGGCCGGUGGGCCUCCCUCGCCGGCGAUGCGCGGGCCCCAACCGCUCACGACCCCGAGCCCCGGGCCCCGGCGCCGUAUGUCGUCUCCUCCGAGGCCCGCGAGCACUGCCUCAUCGCCGCCCCCGGGGCCGCCAGCGAUCCCGACUGGCGGUGCAUCCACCAGGACAUCGGCCCGGCCUCGCCGGAGCCGGCCCCCGACUCGGCAGCCUGUCCGGCCCCCGGGCCCGAUGCCAUCGAGGCUGCCGCGCACCGGCUGCUCGACCAGCUGCCCGACCCGAGCACCGCCCUCCUGGUGCUGGUGGUCUGUGACUGCCAUGCGUGUGCUGCCCCCGCCGACGACCCUCCCCCCAGGCCACCGGGCUGCCCCUUCGCCCGGCCAGACCAGCUCCUCCGGCUGUACGGCAUCCUCAAGCGUGCGGUCGAGUGGUGGCCACAUGUGGACAUCCUCCUCUCCGCCGCGGCGACCCGCCCCGGCCUCUGGAUCCCGCGGCUGGCCCUCUGGCAGGGCCCCCUGCUCUUUGGGGACUCCCCCCACCCGGCCCUUUUUGCCCGAUGCACGGCCCGGUCGCCCGAGGCGUAUCAUCUUGGCCGCGCGUGGAUGCACAGCCCGCUGCCCAUGUGCCCGGCCACGGGGGCCCCCGCGCCCCAGCGCGCCGGCCUCUUCCGCCACGACUUGCGCAUCGAUCUCGACGCCUCGGGCAGUGAGCCGUCCCUCGCCAACGCCGCCAUCCCCCUGGCCGACGUCCCUCUCCAGGCCCUGACCGGCCUUUCCUUCGACCUUGUUAUCCAGGCAGAUGACCGCCUGGCCGGGGGGCGCCUGCUGGCAUCGCUGGUCGCCGAUCCGCGCCUCGGCCAGAGCACCGGCCUCCUGGCGUCGAUGGUCCUCACGCCGGCCCGGGCCUUUUCCCGGAGCGCCGACUGGCCGGGCUACAUCCUCCGGCCGCACCUGGCCGGGGCCCAGGCCAGCCGGCACCCGUCGGCCCCCCUCGCCGGGGCCCCGAUCCACGCCGUGGCGCACUUCCUCCUGGUGGUCGCGCCGGACCCCCGGCGGCCCCCGGCCAGCGCCCCGGGGCAGCUGCACUUUUCCCUGCACCUGCUCGCGGCCCCGGGCAAUGCGCCCUCUGCCGACCCGGUGCCCGCGGUGGAGAUCCCCGCCUCCGGGCUCGGCAUGUGGGACCCCCGGCGGGCCUUCGUCAGCGGGGCCGCCGGCUUCGCCGAUUGGUCCCUGGCCGCCAGCUUGCAAAAGGUCCCCCGCCAGGCCGGCCGGCCGCCCCCCCCGGCUGCCUGUUCCCCCCCCCUGGUUUUGGAUUACUCGGCCUUCAAGGCCCCCGGCGGGCCGCUGGUCACUGGCCCCAUGCUCGCGGCCUUCCGCGCCACGGCCGACCUCCAGGCCGCCGAAGCCCACGAGCUGCCCCCUUCACACCCAUACUGCCCGCCGCCGCCGCCGCCGCCGCCGCCGCGUCACCUGUCCAAUGGCACCCCGGCCGACGUGCGCUUCGAGUCGGCCGGGCUCAUCAUCCCCUGCCUGACGGCCGGGGCCCUGCUCGGCCGUGUGCAUCACCGCGAGUGGCGUCUCCGCCGCGAGCUCGCCCGCCGCACCGACCCCUCCGCCCAUCGACACUUGGACGAGCAGCUGGCCGAUGCUCGCGGCCACCCGACGCCCGUCCUGGUCUCGGGCCCGGCUUCCGCGGCCUCGGAGCGCCCCCGGCCGCCCUUCCACCUGCCGACCCCGGCCGUCACCCCCUCCACCACCCGGCCCGCCCCAUACGUCAGCCAGCUUGUUUCACAGGACGUCCUCGUGCACCCGGGGCUCACCCCGCAGCAGGGUUUGGGCUCCUCUUGGGAGGACUGGCGCGCGCGGCUGGUCCUCGCGGCCAAGCUCUCGGCCCCAGCCCCACCGCACGCCGUCGGCGGCCCCGCCACGGCCCCGGCCCUGGCCUCGGCCCUGCCCCUGCCCAGCCUGCUGGUGGAUCCACUCCUCCCGCCGUACAGCCCCCAUCAAACCCUCGGGCUGGAGCCCUCCACCGACUGCCAAGAGCGCGAUGCGGACUUCCGGCGCAUCUGCCAGGCGCACCUGGCCGACGAAUUCGCCUCAUUGCAUGAGCCGCCUCGCCAGGCGGCCGGCCUGCCGACGGACCCCCUCCUGGCCGAGAUGCUCGCGUGCCUCCAUACCCCGAUCACCAGUCCCCCCUCGGUGGCCAGUCCUGAUGAUGUGCCGGCCUCUCGGUCGCCCUGCCCGCCGGGGGACCUUCCUGCCUCGCCCUCCUCGGACCCCAGGCUGGCCCUGGGCAUAUCCCUGCCCCGGUCCGACUCGCCGCCCUCCUCCUUCGGCGUGGGUCCUCCCCCGGGGCGGGAGGCGAUGCCGCCGCCCGUGCCGCCCCCCGUGCCGCCGCCCUCGGCUGCCCCCCGGCCCCGACGCCCGGCCCCGGGCAAGGCCCUUGCCCGCAACAAGACCGCAAUCAAGGUGGCCAUCACCCGGCUCCUGGCUCGGCAUGGCGUGGCCUCCGGACACUCGCUCCUGGACACCCUCCGGCGCUUGCUCUACAAGCGGUCGACGCUGCUCCUGGCUGCCGAGCUCCGCAAGGACGCGCCCAUUUCCAAAGUUCACAUUGAGGCCAUGCUCGAGUUGGAUGAACCCCUCGUCGAGCGCAUGCUGGCCACAGGCGGCGCCGCGGGGCCCGAUGAUCCGGAUCCCCACGCCGCGGAUGCCAGCCCACCAUCCUCCCCUCGGGCCGAUUGCCGAUAGCCGGCCGUGAGGGUGCCCCGCCUCUCCCCCACGCUCCCCCUGGCAAUAGCCAGCCUGCCAACCGGCGUUCUUGGCAGCCCCCAUGCGGCGUGCCCUCCCCUCUUGCAUCCUGUGCCGCCGGCUGGUCGAAAGUGCCAUGUCCCUCCUUUCGCGCGAGCGCGCCCGUCCAAUCCUUUCUCUCCUCGGCAGACCAGCGCCCGAGUGGGGAGCUGGGGAACUUUCCGGACCCCCACCCCCCC